GGAGCCCAUGGCAGUGAUGCAGUGGCAUCACACACCCCUGGUACCACCAGGAUGCCCAUGGGCCCCGUGCAGGGGCUGCUUGUCCUUCCCGCAGCCCUUACCCACGGGGUGCAGCAGCUGCUCCCCCGGGACCGUGCAGCAGUUGGUAGAUGACGGGGUGUUGCAACACGCCGGGGAAUAAUCACGAUAACUCGAGCGGUUGCCCUGGUGCCGGGCUUGGCUGUUGCAGUGGUUGCUAAAGAGAGUGGGCGUGCGGCUUCCUCUGGGGCGAUCUGAUUUCUCCUGGAGCAUGGUUAAAGCACGCUUAGGAGAAACAGUCCUCCGUGGAGCAAGGACGCGACCUCUCCACCGGCAGCAGCAGCCGUGCAGCUCGGGCGCCUGGGCACGCACGGAGCUGUUUGCUUUGGGGGGAAAAAACGAUUAGUUUGUUCCUCCGUCCUGGGAAAACAUCGUCUGGCAACGAAGAGCAAAGGCUGCAAGUUUUCGGGGCGGCAAAGGGACCUUUGGGACCAGCACUGAGGAGCAGGCAAAGCCACCGGCUGCUGCCAGCCCAGCUCCAGCCCUCAGUGGGGUCCCCGUGGGGUGACGAGAGCUGUGGGGAGGGAGCGCCGGUGCGGCGGCCACCUCCACGUGACCCUCCAUCCCCGCUCCUGCUGGAGAGACCCGGCAGGAGCCAAGCAACUUCGUCGGACCCAGCCAAAAAGUCACGCAGGCACCAGAGCAGCCGGGCAGAAGCAGCAGCCUCAGCCCCCGCAACCCCAUGUCGUGGGACACGGGGCAGCAUCUGCCCCCUGGGCUCCCCAGGGCCACGCUGCGGAAAUCAGCAUCGAUGUACACAGAAAUACAGCGGGAACGACCAGACAGUGGGAAUAUCCUGACUCACCCAGACUACAUAGAUGGAAACCCAGACCUCAUCAAACCUAAAAAACUCCUAAAUCCUGUAAAGGCCUCGAAGAGCCACCAAGAGCUGCACAGAGAGCUGCUGAUGAACCACAAAAGGGGCUUGGGAGUGGAGAGCAAGCCAGAGCUGCAGCGGGUACUCGAGCACCGACGGCGAAACCAGCUCAUCAGACAGAAGAAGGAGGAGGAAGAGGCAAAGAAAUUGCAAUCUCCUUUUGAAAAAGAGCUAUUAAAGAGGCACCAGAGGCUGGAUCAGUUGGAGAAAGAGCAGGAGAAGCAGGAAGACCAUGCACCAGAAUUCAUUAAAGUCAAGGAAAACCUGAGGAGAACAUCGACGGUGACUGGGGAUGAGAAAGCAGCAUAGCUUCCACCAAAACUCAACAGGGAUCCUACCACGGCCGGCGCUAACACAUACACGCUGACAUCUCUGUACAUGGUGGACAUUCACAGCCACAUCGUUGGGGCUACUUACAGUUAUUAACACUUGCUCCAGUAAAAGGCACAAAAAAGGUUUUCCCAGCCCAGGAAGGUAUCCCUGCGGAAAAGGUGCAGCAUUCACUGAAGAAGUACUCCCGUGAGGAGAUGCAGAGAGUAAUGAUGUUAUUUUCCCCCCAGAUUGUGGGUGCACACCAGCUAACUCUUGGUUAACCCUUGAGACACAGCAACAAUUUAAGCCAGGGAAGUCUGAGGAGAGAUGGUUUGGGGGACCCCUGCUCACCGGGCACAGGGUGACAGGAGAGCAGCUGCAGCUCUGGGGAACCUCCUGGAAACCUGACAUGGUAUCUAAAAGGGACAAUCUAUAUAUUACUGAGAAUGGCCCAGGUGACCAUAACGGCUUUCCCAAGGGUCACUGGUAUUGCACCAGUGUGUGAGUCAAGCCUCGCUAAGGCUGUGUGUCCCAGCAGCACACCCAUACUAUUAGAAAAAUCAACCUCUGGGUGCCCACACCAGUGUAGCACAGGCAGGUGCAACUGUUCCUCACAAGCACCUUUAAACUGCAUUUGAAACCUGUUUGAAAAUAGCUAUUUAGGCAGUUUGAUGCCCAGGCAGAAGAUACAUUGGACCAUCCCAUCAAUACCCCAAGUGGGAGGCAAGUGCUCCCUGCAGAAAGCAAAGGCUGGGUGUUUCCAGUGUGAGCGUUCAUGGAAGCGUGCAGUGGCCAGGCAGCAGAUCCCUGUGGAUGUAGCAGAUAAACUGCUUCUUGCCCUCGGACUACUGAACUUCAGCCCCUCACCCAGCAGCUGGACAUGGGCUACCACAGGGACCCACAAAAACGUCCUCUGGUUGAGAGGUGAUAAUGUGGCAAUGUCAUACCGGUGUAAGGCCACUGUCCUAUUCACGCUGCACGUAGGUGACACCUGUAGGCACCAGGGGCAACGGGACAUCUAGGUACUGAUGUAAGACUAUUUGUGAGUGCUUCUCAUUCCUUUCUCCAGAGGUCAGAACUGCCUCAUUUCAGUUGCCACCUUGCAAAGCUAAAAAUCUUCUUGCUGCUGGUAUAGCAAAGCAGCACCACAUGCAUUUGGAGUACCUAUGGACAGAGCAUACCACAUUAACGGGCACCCACACCCUGAGGUGUCUGCAUCUAGAGCUAAAAUUGCACCUUCAGGAAGAUCUCAGCUUCUUGGUUCUCACAUCAGCCCUGACACAAAGCCUAAACAGUUUAACUCACCAACUGCCUUUGAACACUGGAUCUUGAAUGGCAAGCCUCAAUGGACCUAGUCAGCUGGGAAGGUAAUACCUGAUUAAAUAAUAUUUACUAUCCACAUCUUCAGUGGAUCCAUACAUAAAUUAAGGGAAACUGGGCAUUUAUCACACACAUAUUUAUUAAAAAGUUACUAACCCAUUCCUUAAUCUCUCUCGUCCAGUGGGGUGUUUCAUUUCAGAGGGCUGUUGCUCAACCUGGCAACUUGAGUAAAACAUCUAAACCACAUCGUGUGUCAAGAGCAGUGACACAGGUACAGGGCUUCCAUAAGAGACUGGACUAUAAAAGCCCUUAACUCAGUUUCAGUCCCUGAGCACCUCAUCUCCUAGUACUGUCUCUGCAGUAGUUUUUAAGCCCCUUGCUCAUCAUGCUUAUUCUAAAACAAGUUUUUAUUUCAGAAAUCCAGCGCAUAUGGUCACUAUGCAUCAAACAAGGUCUGAAAGGUUCUAUUAUGUCCUCUCCAACCAUGAAACUUUUCAUAUAGGUUAUGAUUAAAACCAUGAGGAAGAAGCAGCAUCGACCAUUUUUUCAGGAGAGGAAAAAAAAAGCCAAAUUUCUCCAAGAAAAAAAGGUGUUGCUAAGGAUGGUUGUACACAACUGUAAAGAAAGCUGUAUGAUACCCCACAGAUAACAUUGGUUUAAAUAACAAGCCAGAAUUACUGUGCUGGGGUUUUGUGAAGAGUUAUGGCACAGAUUAAGUAACCUUGAUCAAAGAGCUCAAAAAAAUUCAGCAAAUUAAUUUGUAAUUUUGCCACAGAUGGAAAUGCACUCCAGGAGAGGCAAUCUGUCGCUCCAUAUGCACCAGUGAAAUCAGUGUUAUCAGCUCACCCAGGCUGGGACGGGGGCAUUUAUGCAAGUCCUUGGGUGGGAGCCAUCCAGUAAGGUCUGGGUAAGCCCAGUGCUCAGAUCAGCAAUGAAAAGGUUGAAAAUAUUUUUCUUUGGUCUUCUUGAGUAUGAGAACAUCAUCUGGAAAAAAAACCCAACAAAACACCACAAAUCAAGGUGUCUCCCUUUGAUGUGGUAUCCACCAAGCACAGAAGGGGACUGUACUCCAACGCAGUCUGGGAUUGCUAGGGGGCAUCUGGGUCAUUUUCAGUGGGUGUCCAGAAGGGAAAGGGAGGGCCAGGUCAUCCUGUCCUAACUCAGGCUGAGCCAACAGGGCCACAAGAAACCCUUCCAGUGGUGGAGAGAUAGCAGAAAGCCCUGACCCCACUGCCCAGAGGGACUCUGCGAGCUGUGAGCCAGGACCCAGCCACAUGUCCACACACCAACCCACCAAACUGGCCACCACCCACCAGCACUGGGAGCUCCUGUGGGGCCAGGACAGGGUACAGCAGCCCCACGGUGUACUGCGGAGCACACAGCACUUUGUCCCCAGCGAGAGCUGCAGGGUCCAGCCCUUCCUGAUGGCACGUGGGAAAUGAUGCUUUUGCUGUUCAUACCUUGGCUUAAAACCCCACAGCAUUUUCCAGCACAGCUCUUCUCACCCCUGCCAACCGGUAACCGCCUCCCUGGCCGGCAUCAGACCCGGAGCCGGCACAACCUUCACCAAUGCUCUUGGGCUUCACGGUGGAACAGCGUAGAGGUGGCACCUGAAAAAACAGCAAUGUAGACAUCACCAGGAAGAUUUUGGGUUGUCUUUGUGUCUCUUUUUCUUAUAUAUAAAUUCCUCCCGGUGCCCCUAAAACACAUUCCUGAAUAAAUGUGGUGUAGCCAGAAAAUACAGAUUAUCCUUGUAUUGAUGGAAGACAAUUUUUUGCACUGUGUAUGUUGCCUAUAUAGUAUAUAGUCUAUAUUCUGUGUUGGUGUUUAUACAUUUAUAUAAAAGUAUAUGUCAUGCAACUCAACUUCAUUAACUCACUCUGUUUAACGUGGACACUUCUGAAGAAAUAAACUUAAAGACGAUUGUAUAUUUUGUUCUUUUCCACAAGGAUCUGAAAAAGCUCUGAUGAUGCAAGCAGACAACAGCCAAAUAAACUGAAUGAACAUAAAAAUCA